CUCGCACCCUCCCCAAUUGGCUCCCAGUGCAUGCGUCUACAUCCCACAUCCAGCUGCAGCUGGCUGGAGCACCUUCCCCCUUCAAAUUGGAGUCACUCUCUUGCCAUAACGCACCUGUUCUAGCAUCUUCUUGGGACUGGCACCCUUCAAGCCUCGGCCACUGGUAAGCGCUGCUCUUCCAGCUCUCCCUCAGGCUCGCUUUCACGGUUUCACCCACCCUCCUGCAGGAUUGUAAUGUUAAAACACAACGAAUGAUGAAAGUGAUGACUCUUCCCCCUUUGUUUUUGCUUUAUCAUUUUUGUAUCAUGGAGAGCGAUAUUGCUGUCCUAGACCUGCGGUGUGCGUUCUGGUGUGUAGGUUUUAAAACUUUUCUAUGUAGUGGGAUAUUGAUCAUUGUCCAUCCUAGUGAUAUGUACCCACCACAGUUCCACGCCUGCAACAUUUGUUCAUUUGUUUUCAUGUACUGCUAUCACCGUGACAUUAAUCCUCGAGCAUCCUCAACACCACCACCAUAUGCAUUGCAACAUGCAAGGUAAUCAAAUGUUUUUGUUCAAAUUACAAUCUCCGUUUAUCCUACCGUUCGGAUGCGUCUGAACCGGUUCUUGCGACUUGAAGCUCCCGAAGGUGGAACUGUGGACCCCGAGGAAAUAAUAAUAAUAUCAUUCAGAGCUUGUAUCACACCUAGGGUAU